UGAGAUUCUGCGUUAUAAACAAAUUCCAUUUCAGUCAAAUUAGUGCAUGAACUGUGGAGGCAGUGUUCCACUAUCUAAAAUGAAAAACAACUGGAUGACAAUCUUAUUUCUGGUGUCUGUGAAUAGUAUACCGAGCGGGAAAUGUUCGUGCAAAUUUCAAGAAUCAAAUGGAGAAGAAGUCACCUGUUCCAAAAUGUCGUCCAUCGAUGAUAUCAAUAGGCAACUGUACGAUAUGAGUGGUGACCAAUUUAGGUCAUUGAAAUUAAGCGGGAGUAGUAUCCACAACUUGGUCUUAUCAAAAUUAUCCGUUCUGCCUCAAUUACAUCAGCUUUCGACAAAAUUUUCAAGCAUACAUAAACUAUCGUUUCAAACAAUGAAAGGUAUUGUAGUUCCGAUGCGAGAGUUAGAUUUAUCAUCCAGCAACUUGAAGGAGAUUUAUUCCUACACGUUUAAAAAUUUUCGGGAUCUGCGCACCUUGAAUAUAGGUAACAACGAACUUUCGGAUUUCAAUGCACAUAUUUUCAGCGGAUUGAAUGGCCUAAAGAAGCUCUCUUUAUACAGGAAUAAGAUAAAGAGUAUACCUCCUAAUUUGUUUGAAGAUUUGGUAUCGCUCGAAACGCUCGACGUGGAUAGCAAUCUUAUUCAAACUCUGGAUCAAGUUAGUUUUACGAGUUUGAAAAGUCUAAAACAUCUCAAUCUCUCUAAUAACGAGCUAAAAGAAGUGCCGAGUGAUAUUUUUCAUCGACUCCCUCAAAUUGUGGAAUUACGGCUCGAGCACAACGGCAUCUCUAAUAUUAACGAAACUGCCUUUGAUUCGCUGAUAUCCUUAAAGUAUUUGUAUUUGUCGCAGAAUUCUUUGAAGCAUCUCCAUUGCGACGCGAUAACAGAAAUUGGGACUCUCGAGAAAUUAUAUUUGAAAGGUAGCGGAAUUGAGGGACAUUCCAAUACCUGCUUUAAUGGAUCAAACAACUUAAACGAAUUAGACGUAUCAUCAAAUCGUAUUCGCGAGUUGCCUUCUUUACCUCGAAAUUUAAAAGUUUUAAUUAUAUUUGGUAAUAAUAUUCGUCACUUGUACCCAGGAGCGUUUUCCAAAUCGAGCCAGCUAAGAAAAAUCUAUUUGGCGAACAAUGAACUACGUGAAAUUGAAUUUAGAGCUUUUGACGAUUUGCCCAACUUGGAAGAGCUUUACCUCCACGGAAAUAAAUUGCGACACUGCGAAAGCGGAAUUUUUCGACGGCUCCAACGUUUAAAAAUUUUAAAUCUCUCAUUUAACAAACUGGAACGGAUCGCUUACGAAUUGUUUCAUUUAGCUCAGCUUGAGGAUCUUAAUUUAUCGAAUAAUCAAUUGAAAAACAUAACUAACAACGCAUUUUCCAAUCUACCCAGCCUAAAGCGACUACAUUUAUCACAUAACGAAAUUGGAGAUUUACCCAAUGGAAUGUUCACCAAUUUAAAGUUUACGAAUGAGUUGAGGUUAGAUUAUAAUAACAUUCGUUAUUUACAGAAUUCCUGCUUCGAAGGUUUAGAACGUUUAAUGAUACUCAAUUUAAGUUAUAAUGACAUUAUAAGUAUUCACCACAAGGCGUUUAACGGGUUAGUCUCAGUUCACUACAUCAAUUUAUCUUAUAAUGAAUUACAGUACGUAGAUGGAGAGCUAUUUGAAAGUUUGCCAAAUUUAAGUGUUGUGAAUUUAGACGGUAAUUUACUGCACGAUUUAUCUCUCGAAGUAUUUAAAAACGUUCCCUCGUUAACUGCAAUUGCAAUUGAUGGCAAUGAAAUUGAUGAAGCAGUUGUUGAACAGUUCUAUGCUCGUUACAAGAAUUAUCACCUUCCUUCAAUACACAACUACAGUUGGUGAAAUUACCACACAUCAAAUGAAUAUCGUUGGAAGCUAUUUCUAAGAAAUAAGUUCCCUAAUUUAAAAAUAUAAAGAUGAAACAAUCCUUGUCAUUUAUUUAUUUUUAUUUUUUUAUUUAUUAUUUAAUCCAACAGCAAUAAUGCCUAUUAUACGAAUUAUCAAAGUAAAAAUACACAUAAUAUAAAGUAUAUACAUUU